AUGCCGCCCACGAAGCCGCUGCCAUGCAGCGAUGAGUUUGCGACGCCAGAAGAGUACGUGGAGGAACUUCUGGAUUUUGCCUCUACAAGCGACACGUGGCAAAUACUGUGCGGCGCCGUGCACGUCGUCGACUUUUUCAUCACAGAGCCGGGUCUUUUCUACGCAGCCCUGCCGGCCGAAUGGCACGCCUUUUUGCUCUCGCAGGAUGUGAUGCGUCUGCUCGACUUUUUCGUGCGCGACAACCCAGACACGGCCACGUUUGCCGACGGGCAGACGCCGCCGGCGAGUCUCACCAAGUACAUCAAAACGAUUCGGCGGCUGGCGCUGCGGCGGGACGUCAAGACGCCGGCCGCGGACCUGCCGCCGCUGACGCGCACCGUGUCGGUGGGCAUGAAUCCGAAAAAGGUGCACGAGGUGCGGCGCUUCGCCGACUACGUGACGCGGCUUUCGUCCGACAUGGCGGCGGGUGCAGGCGACGAGGAGGAAGUGACACACUUUGUCGAUUUUGGCAGCGGCCAAAACUACCUGGGGCGGGCGCUGGCCAGCGAGCCGUACAACCGGCGGGUGGUGGCUGUCGAGGGCCGGCAGAAGAAUGUCGACGCGGCCAAGAGCUUCGACACGCAGUCGGGUCUGGCGGUCAAGCCCAAGAUUCUGCGCAACAAAAAGGUGUGGAACAAGAUCCUCGAGGUGGCGGGCCCCAACAAGAGCGAUCCCGAGGCCUUGGCUGCCGCGAUCAAAGAGGUGGUGAGCGACGACGACGAAGGCGACAACUUUCGCAAGAUUGGCAGCGACGAGCUGUCGUACACGGUAGAAGAGGGCAAAGGGCUGCUGCAGUACGUUUCAGGGAGGUUGGACAAUGGCGAUUUGUCCGAGGUGAUUGCCAAGAUUGACCGCGCGGGGAGCGGCGCCAACGUGGAGGAAAAGAAGAAGCGUCUCAAGCUCAUGGCCGUCUCCAUCCACUCAUGCGGAAAUCUUUCACACUACGGCAUCCGCUCGCUGGUGCUGAACCCGGACAUUCACGCCGUCGCCAUUGUCGGGUGCUGCUACAACCUCGUCACCGAAAAGCUCGGCCCGCCGACCCACAAGCAGCACGGCAACUACUACCUCCGGCCGACGUUGCAGGCCGUCAACGGGCGCGUCAUCAAAGAGUCGGACCGGCGCGAUCCGCAAGGGUUUCCCAUGAGCGAGCGGCUGUCGACGUACCGCGGGCACGGGAUCCGCGCCAACAUCACCGCGCGCAUGAUGGCGUGCCAGGCGCCGCAAAACUGGACCGCCGCAGACAGCGAGCUCUUUUUCACCCGGCACUUUUACCGGGCCGUGCUGCAAAAGAUUUUUCUCGACCGCGGCGCCGUGCACGAGGUGUUGUUCCAUCAUCCCGACGACAACAACAACAACAACAACAACGAGCAAGAAGAUGUUGAUCCGGCGUCGCUAGGUCCGUUUCAAAAGAGCACAUCGCCGCUCGCGAUUGGCACGCUGCCGAAGCGGAGCUACGGCGGCGGACUCGCGCAGUACAUUCGCGCGGCGGUCAACAAGCUCACGACGAGCAGCGAUUACAAAAAGUACGCCGAGGUGAUGCGGGAGACCAUGGCGGACAUGAGCGAGGCGGAGAUGGAGGCGUACAUGGCGCGGUUCGCGCCGCGCAAGAAGGAGCUGUGCAUUGUUUGGAGUUUGAUGGCGUACAGCGCGACGCUGGUCGAGGCGCUGAUGGUGACGGACCGCUGGGUGUGGCUCAAGGAGCAGCAAGAGGUGGGCGAGGCGUGGGUCGAGACGGUGUUUGACUUUGGGCAGAGCCCGCGCAACAUGGUGGUUGUGGGCAUCAAGAAGGAGAGCGGUGGUGGAGGUGGUGGUAGUGGUGGUGGUGAGAGGGAGGCGGAUGGAAAAGAAGAUGGAGUGUAA